AAAAAAAAAAGAAGAAGAAAAAAAUCCCAUUGCUUCACUAAUCUUUCUCUGAUAGCUCAGCCAGCCAGCAGGCCCUGACAGCAAUUCGGAGACCGCCAAUCCACUUGGCCAGCCAAAGAGAGAGAGAGAGAGACAGAGAGGGGGAGAGGAGCAUAGACAUGUGGCAUAUAAACCAUUCAAUGGCAAACGCAAAACCAAUUAAACCAAACAUUCUGGUUGGAAAUACAUUGCCUGUGGGCAUCGCUAGAUUAUUGUUGGGCUGCGGGGGAUUAGGUGGGCCAAGGGCCAAGGCCUACUGCGUGGUGUGGGCGUGUAAUUGACGAACAGCAGCCGAAUUCGGAAGCAGCAACGGGAGCAGGCAGUGCAGGAUUAUUAUCAUAAUAUAUGACAGUCAUUGCUACCAAUUUCAUAACAUUAAAUCAGAGAGCGUGGGGGAAUGAGAGACCCGAAACCAGGACAUGCUGCGGAUACGUUGCCCAAAACGGAUACGCUUAAAAACAAGGUGCAAGCAAUGCUUGGUAACCGCUGGCAACAGUGACCCCCAAACAUAAUGGAUCCAAAAUAUUGAUAAAGCGCAAUGCAUUCUGCCAUUUCCACUGGAGCAGAUAUGAGCACUCACAUGGGCCGAACAUAUUUGAAUUCCUGUGUCAAAGUGCCUAUAGAUCCGUGCAAUAAUUGUCCGGCACCCGUCUAUAAUCGGCCCAAGCUUUGCAUGGGCAAAAAAACCAAGGCGUCCACAUCGAGCUGCAAGCAGCAAGAUGCGGCAGCCGCAUCAACCUGGACAGAUCAGGCGGGCAUUAGAACACUGGCCAAGUUCUACGACAGCAUACCAGACUACUGUGAGGUGAAACAUCUACACAAAGCCGAAUUCUACUCAACUCUAGAAAGUUUACGCACCACCAGCCGAGAGCUGCGCGCUCUGCCCACACACCCAGAACUGAAGGAAGCUCGCGCCAGCAGCAGCAGCAACUGCAGUGCAACCAAACCGCGACACAUCAAAGGCAAGAAACUAAAGAAGAAGACGCGCAGCAUACCUCCGCUAAUCUUGGCAGACCAACCCACCAUGCCUACUCCCCCUGACAUCACGCACAGUUCUAGCUGCCUCAGCGAUGAGUAUGAAAAGUGCGUGCGUGAUUUGAGCCGCAUCACAAAUUUCAAGCAAGAAUUUGCCCUAGAGGUGGCCGACUUUAAACGAUCUCUUAAGCUGUUCGAGAAAGAGUUCAAGCGCAAUGCCGAGCGACCCAAAUCCACCAGUAGUGGCACGCAAGCCAGCAAAGCUGCGCCAUCAACCAAGGUGCCAGCUAUGCACACCGCAGCACGCGCAAAAGUCCGCAGCGAAAUGCUGCGGAAAUGCUUUAGUGUCAAUGAUUUGAGUGUCAGUGCGACACGACCGCCCAAGUUGGAGCUUCUAACGCUGAGCAACUAUUUUCCGACGAAAGAGGUACCCAACUUACACAUCGAAUCCCCGCCGGCAUCUUCCAAACGUAGUAGCUGCAGCGCCGCUUCAGGCUCAAGUGGCGUUCGCCGGCGACGUGCUCGAAAGGCGAAAGUAGCGGAAGUGGAGACGGAGCAGCAGCAGCCUGAGCUACUGAACAUCUUUGAGGCAGAACAGGUGCCAACAAAGCGCACAUCUAGUGUGUCCCCACAGCAUCCGGUGGCACGCCCUAAUCUAGCAGCCACACUACGAGCCGAGGUUUCACGCAAAAAGGUUAAGGAGCUUCAGAACAACUGCACGUAUCACGAUCCCACGCCUCAAUUUGACUGGGAGGUCCGAAAAACGCCCGCCUGGAAAUCUCUUUCACUUAACGAACCUCAUAAGGCUUUGUUAUCCAUACGCCUAGCCACGCGCAAGGCGGAGCAGGCGCUGCAGGAACGUCAGUAUGAGCUGCACAUGCAAAUGAUGCAACAGCGUGUCAAAUCCGCACCACUGCUUCUAGAGGGCCCCACCUUUUGGGGCCCGGAGGUUGGCAAGCUCAGCCACAGUUGCCGCAGUGAGGGCAUGCGACAUGCCUGUGAGAGCAGUCUACAUCGUCGAAGUAAGCAGCCCAAGAAAAAGUGCAGCAGUAGCCGAUGCCCCACAGCCGUGACCGAUGCAGAGGCCAAACUGCAACAGAUACGUAAAAUCUAUGGCUCUCCGCUCAAGUGCAGCUCUCGGCAAUCUCAGCGCUCCACUUCGCGUCGGCGUCAGGUAGAACAGACGCCCGAACCGCACGACAGCGGCGAUGAUUUGUGCAGCGUCGAUCGCGCCUUUCUGUAAAACAAAGACAACAACACACAAUACAAAUUACGUGAAACAUUUCUCUGAUUCUG